AUGGACGUCACUUCCGCCACCUUCCGCGAGAUGCUGCCGCAGAUCGUGGAGGAGAUCAACCGAGCGGACUUCUACGCCAUCGACACCGAGUUGUCCGGACUCUUCGCCAAUGACUCGGUCCCUGGCCCGGGGGACAGCCUGCAUGACUUCUACCAGAAGGUGUCCCGAUCCUGCCGGCACCCGGACGGCAUUGCCAUCCUGCAGUAUGGCUUGUGCCUGGUCCGGUGGAACUCCACCGACAAGUGCUUCGAGACCCGGACCUACAACUUCUACCUGUGCCCCCGGUCCUCCGAGCACCUGCGGCCCUCCAACCGAUGCUUUUCCUUCCAGUACUCUGGCAUGGACUUCCUGCGGAAGUUCAAUUUCGACUUCAACAAGUGGAUCUAUGAGGGGAUCAACUUUUUGACGCACGAGCAACAGGCCGAGCUCGAGUUCCAGAAGGGCAUCGGCCAUAUUCCCGACCUGAUCGCCAAGCAAAUGGCCCGCGCGCCGGAGGGCACAGCGACCACCAUGGCCACCUUCAUGAAGGACAUCGCCACCUGGCUGCAGAGCCCUUCCGAGCCGCUGUCCAUCCCCAUGUCCUACCAGGAGCACCUGCUCCUGAACUUGCACAUUCGGCAGGCGUACGGCUUCUCCCUGCAGGGCAAGUUCCGCCAUGGCGCCCUGUCCAUCGCUCGGUGCACCGACGAAGAGAAGGCCGCUCUCGAGGCCGCGCAUGCUACCCUGGCUACCGACAUGGCCGACCUCAUCGGCUUCCGCAGUGUCAUCGACGAGCUCAUCAAGGCCCGCAUUCCCCUGGUCGGGCAUAAUCUUUUCCUGGAUCUGCUGCACACGUACUCCAAGUUUGUGGAGCCCAACUUCCCGCCGUCUCUCUACGACGUGUCCAAGCGCAUUCAUGAGGCUUUCCCGCGUACCAAGCUCCCGGCCUUCGACCUUGUCAAGAUCCACACCCCGCCUGCGUUCGGAAAGUACACCGACGACAGUGCCGCCUUCCAUGAGGCUGGCUUCGAUGCCUACUGCACCGCUGUGGUCUUCCUCAAGCUGGCCGCUUUGAAUCAUCAUCUGGUCCUCGGUCGGCCGGUUCCUACGGCCGUUGCCGCUACCACCACCGCCACCAGCCCGAUCGAGUCGACAUCCGUCACCUCGACCGAGGGCACCGGGCCCGCCGCUGUCGCCGUCGCCCAGUCUCAUGCGGCCCCAGCUCCAGGGCCGGGUGUCCUGCCGGCCACCUAUGGCCAGGAGAUUCUCCUCUGCCCGCAUCUUCUGGCCCUGGAAAACCAGCUGAAUAUCGUGGCUGGCCCCUUCCCCUGCUUUAGCCUAGUCAAUGCCGAGCCCAUCCUUACUCCGAAGAUGGCUGCCGAUGCCAGCACCACCGACACCCCCUCCUCGAAGGCCGAUGAUGCCGCUGUCGCUGCCAUGGAGGUCGACCAGGAUGUCCGGACCCCGGAGACCCUCACCGGUACUGGGGAGCCCGCGCCUGCGGUGGCUCCCCCGCUCCGGGCCUAUGUCCUGUCUUCCGUCCCGAAGGACAUCCCCCCGAGGGUCCUUUUGGAGACCCUGUCUCCGCAUGCCACCGCUCAUAUGUACAUCCGGCCUGGCACCGGGUUGGCUGUCGUCAGUCCCAUUCAUGUGUACUCGGGUGACGACUUCUCCAAGGUCUUGGCUCGUGUUUUCCCCGAGUACCCGAUCAGCCGCAUGGAUUACCGGACUUCGUUGUCCGCCCCGCGAUCCAAAGCCGUCCGCUCAGCCCUGCGUGAUGCCGCCGCGGCCGCAGCCGCCGUCAACGCCAACGCCACCGCGGACAGCGUCGCCACCACUGCCACGGACAGCGUCGCCACUGCCGUCAUGGCCAGUAUCGCUACGGCCAACGCCACCGCCGCCGCGGACAGCAUCGCCACCACCGCCGCGGACAGCAUCACCACCGCCGCCACGGACAGCAUCACCACCGCCGCCACGGACAGUGUCGCCACCGCCGCCACGGACAGCGUCGCCACCACCGCCGCGGACAGCGUCGCCACCACCGCCGCGGACAGCGUCGCCACCACCGCCGCGGACAGCAUCGCCACCGCCGCCACCGCCACCACUGCCACGGCCACAGUUAUCGCCGACACCACCGCCACUACCGGCGAAGGGCUUGUCCAUGCUCCAGAGGGCAGUGCGACUCCUAUGGAAGUGACCUUUUCCGUGGGGGAGAAGCGUCCCGCCGAGGCUAUCGACGAUGUUCCCAGCAAGAAGCACAAGUCGGCCGUCGAGGCUGCGAACUAG